AUGCUCCUCAUCCUGAUUUUGGCCCUUUUGGCCUCCAUUCAAGCGAUCUUCUUCGGUGGUGGUGGUGGAGGUGGAGGACAAGGUUGCUGUUGCAGCUGUGGAACACCGCAACCAGCAAGUUGUGGCUGUCAAGUUCAGUGCCCACCACCAGCUCCAUGUCCAGCAUGUGUUCAACAAGUAUGCCCUCCUCCACCGACAGCAUACUGUCCUCAAGUCCAACCAGUCUAUAUACAAAGUUGUCAAGGAAGUUCAUGCGGUGGCGCUGCGCCAGCGGCAGCGCCCUGCAGUGGAAGUGGUUGCGGUAAUGCAGCACCAGCUUGCACGGGAAGUGGCUGUGCCAGCGCAGUGCCAGCUUGCACUGGCAGUGGAUGCGGUGGAGGAGGUGGAUCGUCCUGUACUGGAAGUGGAUGUGGUGGAGGUGGUGGAUCGUCUUGUACUGGUAGUGGAUGUGGCGGAGGCGGCGGCGGCGGAUGCCGUGGAAGUAGUUGCGGAGGAGGAGGCGGAGGAGGUUAUGCGACCGGAGGCGGUGGUGGCUACAGCUACGGCAGUAGUUAUGCCUCACCCACAUACUACGGAGGUGGUGGUGGCGCCUAUCCAGCCGGUGGUGGAGGUGGAGGAUAUGGAUAUCCUUCAUAUGCUCCAAUCGGUGGUGGAGCAGCUUCAUACCCGGCUGGUGGCGGAGCAGCUCCAUACCCUGCUGGUGGUGGAGCAGCUCCAUACCCUGCCGGUGGUGGGGCCGCUCCAUACUCAGCCGGCGUUGUUGGUGGUGGAGGUGGUGGCGGUUACACUCCUGAGCCAUACGUUCCACCAGCUCCAUCUCGUGCCGAGACAGAUCUCAAUAGCGUUGGUGAUAUAACACCAAAAGAAGAAUAUGCACCUCAAGCCUCUUCCAAAGUUGCGGCGGCUCUGGGUAAACAACGGUCUGAUGUCCAGUGUGACCAGCCACCCGUGAAAAUCAAGUAUGUUAUGCUAAAGUCGAAGAAAGGUGACGCAGGUGCUCUGCAAGAUAUCUUAGAAGAGGUAGAAGAGGUAGAACAUCCUCACCCAGUCGAAGCAACUGCAUCACCCUUGGACGCAUUGGAACUUGGCGAUGAUAUCGAAAAGGCCAUCGAAGGAGAAGAUGAUCCUCAUGUUUCCACGGUCCUACUCUUUCAAAAUAGUUACAAGCCAGAACAGAAAGAAGACGAACUGAUUAACCACGCCCUGAAGCGAUUGAUCAACAUCGACUCGCAGUUGUUGGUCGAUGUUGAUCAUUCGCUUCAGGACGCACCGUACAUUCGUCUUUUACGUAGAAUAGGAGAACUAUNUAUAAAUCGUAUGAGGCCCACAUUGCGACAGUUGAGAGCUAGCCCAAGAUCCAGCGACUACCAUGCUUGGGCCAACUUACUAAAUGGUGGAGGUGUCAAAAAUCUUAAUCCAAAAAUCGAAUGUGUUUCACUGAGAUUUAUAGAUUUUACCUGCACGUAUUCCUUCGCCGCUUCGCUUUUCUUCACUCCUGAUGAGGCAGAAUUACUCUUGGGCUUUACUGAAGUGAUGAAAAAAACUAAUACGGCUGUUUUUCAGAACAUUGCUAGAGACGAUGCUUUGGCAUCAAAACGAGCAAUUCAUGACGCUGCACAAAAAACAUUCCCAGAAUCUACUGUGGAUGUCAUCUGCUCAGGCACAGGAUUCACGUACCUGGUAUCAACGACGGAACAUUGCGAAGCACAAAAAGACAACGUCAUUUGCUUCGUUUAUAAGCGACCUCUUCUUCGAUAG